CCCCCCCCCCAACCUUCUGUUGUUGCUUAGUCGCAUCAUUCCAAACCAAAUCGCCACUCCUCGUAUCAAGGAAAACAACGCAGCAGCUGCGAAAAAAUUUGCGAGCUCUGAAGGGCCAUGCAAUUUUCUCCUAAAAGGGUUUUGUAGCAGAAUUUUACGGAGUACAAAAAUGAGGGACCCUGAUGUGACCAUGAAGCGGAAGAUUCCACGUUAUUGCAUUUCUUAGAAGCGUAGUUUUGUAAAUCUGUAGAUGGUGGUGGUGUGUAUAAGAAAAAAAAAAUUGAAGGAGGUGUUUUUUUCUUCAACUUUUUUUCCCUUGUUGAAGAAAACCUGGCGAGAUUGCAUAGCCUUCAACAUUGCAGCAUUUGGUGCAUCAAGCAAUGGGGGCUAGAUGGAACCCGCUUGGAUUCCAGCUCCCGUGUUAUUUGCUUUUCUUGUUUCUCGGUUUGCAAAUUCAGCAUUGUCGGUCUCUCAAUUCUGAAGGAUUUGCUCUGUUGAAAUUCCGUGAUAAGGUGGAUCUCGAUCCAUAUGGAGCUCUUGCAAAUUGGAAUGCUGACGAUGAUGACCCGUGCGAGUGGUUGGGUGUUCAUUGUGUGGAUGGUGAAGUUCAAAAGCUGGACCUGACUGGGUUUUCUUUGGAAGGGCUGCUGGCACCGGAGCUUGGAAAGCUUAGUCAAUUACGAUCUCUAAUACUUUACCAGAAUCACUUCUCUGGUGCCAUCCCCGGAGAAAUUGGAGACCUGACAAUGCUGGAGUUAUUGGAUUUGAGGGGGAAUAAUUUGACUGGAACAAUUCCAGCUGAAAUAAGCAAGAUGGUGUCUCUGAGAUUCUUGUUGCUUGGUGGCAACAAACUCAAGAGAACCAUCCUUAUGCGGCUUGAGGAGCUAAAUGUUCUUUCUAAGAUGCAGUCUGAUGAAAACUUCACAUUCGACAUGACCGCUGGAAAAGGAUGCCUGAAUAGAAAAGUUGGACUCCGCAUUUGGCAGAGCAGGUGGAAACAUCUGAAUAAGGCAGGUUCAUUCUUUUGCCCAAUGAGAGGAACUCUUUUGCGUUACCUCAACAUCUUGGGAUUCUCACAAUUCAGGUCUGCUAAGGAGUCCCCACACAGCCCUGGAGACAAUUUGCUUGAUCAUAUUGCUGAGCCAAAAAUGGUCCUAAACACGCAGAAUGGAUUUUCAUCACGCCGCAAGUUACUUGAACAGUCGAGUAAUCUCGCUGCCGCCCCUGUUGAUGUUGGGUCUCUCCCUUCGGAGAUCACGACUGUUCCAAUUACACGGAGUAGCGGGUCUUUCCCAGCUGUAACAAAUGGAAAGAAGAGACAAUCUAGUGCACCACCGGCCCCACCGCCUUCCCUUCCGAGCCCUCACUCUCAGAAUUCAUCCAAGCCUAAUAAUGAGUCCUCCCAAACUACUACUACAGAUUCUCCACCAAGUGGACUUUCUGAAGAAGCACAGAGAUAUAUCAUCAUUAUUGUUCCUAGUGUGGCCGUUUUGCUCAUCAUUUUCGCCUCCAUGUUCAUCUUCUGCCGAAAACAAGGCGUGGCAACCAUCGGUCCAUGGAAGACUGGAUUAAGUGGCCAGUUGCAGAAAGCAUUUAUUACAGGGGUCCCCAAAUUGAAUCGGUCGGAGCUGGAAGCUGCUUGUGAGGACUUUAGCAAUAUCGUCAGCACGGUUAAUGGAUGCACUGUGUAUAAGGGAACAUUGUCCAGCGGGGUUGAAAUUGCUGUUACCUCAGCUACGGCAAUUUCUUCCAAAGACUGGUCAGCAAGUGUAGAGAAAGCUUACCGGAAAAGGAUUGAUAUGCUGUCGCGGGUAAAUCAUAAGAACUUUGUCAACCUCAUUGGCUAUUGUGAGGAGGACGAACCGUUUACUAGGAUGAUGGUGUUUGAGUAUGCUCCGAACGGGCUACUUUUUGAGCAUCUCCACGUUAAAGAAGCAGAACAUCUAGACUGGACCACAAGGGUGAGGAUCGUCAUGGGAAUUGCUUACUGCCUCCAGUACAUGCAUCACGAUCUGAAUCCACCUGUGGCGCAUACCCAUCUUACUUCAUCAUCAAUAUACUUGACAGAUGACUAUGCUGCUAAGGUUGCGGAACAAGUCUGGUCAGGAUUUCUAUCAAAGUCGAAGAAUGCUGAUGAAGAUAAGUCGGAACAUUCUGAAUUGCCGCCUCCUGCCGAUCCAGAGACAGAUGUCUAUAAUUUCGGAGUGAUGCUGCUCGAAAUUAUUUCGGGAAAGCUCCCUUAUUCAGAUGAACAAGGACCUCUUGUCGACUGGGCUUCUCAGUAUUUGUAUGAUAAGAAGAGCACAGGCUGCCUCAUUGACCCUACCCUCAAGAACUUCAAGAAUAACGAGCUCGACAUCAUCUGUGAGAUCAUCAUUGAUUGCAUCAAACCAGAUCCGAGGCAGAGACCUUCGAUGAGGGAGAUCACAGGGAGAUUGAGAGAUGUGAUUGCUAUAUCACCAGACCAAGCGACCCCGAGACUGUCUCCCCUUUGGUGGGCCGAACUUGAGAUCUUAUCCGUGGAGGCAACCUGAGCUCCCAGAUUCUUUCUAUUCAGUGCCAAUUUUAUUUCACCGCUCGGACGUAUGCUUCUCACUGCUCAGAUCAAGCAAAAACUUUGGCAUUGAAAUAAGGUUUUGUCUGCAUUUUUUACAUCUCUCUGUGAUUCCACUUUUCUCUCUGAUUCUUCAUUCAUGAUGCUCUAAUACCGCCGCCACAUAAAUGGCGCACCAAGCUCGGGCUAUAUAUUACCAUCCAUAAUACGUAUAUCUGAUGUAUUCUUAUCUUAACAAUGUAACUUGCGAAAAAUUUGUCGGGUUUCUGCAUUUCCUUUUUCUUGUCAUUCCGGAGUCCCCGUCAACAGUGUAGAAACUUCGACUCGUAACUAUAUUGUAAUUCAUUCAUAUCUGGUUUGUAAAAAUGUUGUUUGAUUGAUGAAUUGUUUCCGAGCAUGUAUUAAAACAGUUUUUUAGACCUAAAUGGUCUUUACUAU